AUGUUCUCCAAAGCUCUGUCCGUGGCUGCCCUAGCCCUUGCCGCACCUGCUCUGGUGUCGGCCCAGACUUCGACCACCUGCAACCCUCUCCUGGCCACCUGUCCUGCCGACCCUGCCUUUGGUAAGGACACAGUCCACUGCGACUUUACCAAGGGAGAGUGCCCUGCCUUUACCAACAUUGGUGGCACUGCUAUUGAGUACGGCGAGAAGGGUGGUGUCUUUACAAUUCCCGGCCUCGGUGUCGCUCCCACAAUCGCCACCGGCAAGUACAUCUUCUUUGGCCGUGUUGAUGUUGAGGUCCAAGCCGCUCCUGGCGUGGGCAUCAUCACCAGCGCUGUGCUUCAGUCUGAUAACCUUGACGAGAUUGAUUGGGAGUGGAUCGGUGGUGACAACGCCCAAGUUCAAUCCAACUACUUCAGCAAGGGCGACAUUAGCACAUACGAUCGUGGCGCCUUCCACCCCGUAGCCAACCCCACGGGUCAGUUCCACGUCUACUCUAUCGAGUGGACACCCGCCUUUGUCAACUGGAUCAUCGACGGCACAGUUGUGCGCACCCUCACCUACGCCGACGCCAAGGGCGGCUCAGCCUUCCCUCAGACCCCCAUGCAGGUCAAGCUGGGCACCUGGGUGGCCGGCCGUCCCGACGCAGCGGAGGGUACCAUCAUCUGGGCCGGCGGUAUGGCCGACUUCUCCAAGGGUCCCUUCACCGGUUACUACAAGAGCAUCUCCAUCGUCGACUACGCCGGUGGUGAUGCUCCCACGACCAAGAGCGUGAAGGAGUACAUCUACGGUGACCAGUCUGGCAGCUACCAGAGCAUCCGAACUGCUUAA